UCUGACGUCGCGCCGCCGGAGCGUCCCCGCCCUGCGUACUGGGCCGCAGUGGGGAGGAGGGAGGAGCCGGUUCGGUGACGUCAGUUGCUCCGCCUCCCAGCUGCAUUGUGUUUCUCCCCGGGGCUGUGAGGUGCGGGACCGGCGGGAGGCGGAGGGGGCCACACAACCGGCACGGAGGGCCACACUCUGCGGGGUGGAUAAUGAUAAAGGAACCAUGACCCCCUUCUUCCUGGGCACGCUGGCCUCCAUGGGCACUACCUCUGCCUCCUCCUGUGCCGGAGGCGGGUGCAAUGAAACCAAUACAGAAGCCAGAGACUACUGCUACAGCGCGCGUAUCCGCAGCACCGUGCUGCAGGGCCUGCCGUUCGGCGGGGUGCCGACUGUCCUCGCUCUGGACUUCAUGUGCUUUCUGGCUCUUCUCUUCGUCUUCUCCUUCUUGAGGAAAGUGGCCUGGGACUAUGGGCGAUUGGCGCUCGUCACCGAUGCCGACAGUGUGGCCUCCGCCAUGCACUCCGAGAGCCAUGACCGAUACGAGCGACUGACCUCCGUGUCCAGCUCAGUGGACUUUGACCAAAGAGACAAUGGUUUCUGCUCCUGGCUGACUGCAAUCUUCCGGAUAAAAGAUGAUGAAAUCCUUGAUAAAUGUGGUGCAGAUGCUGUCCAUUACCUGUCCUUCCAACGCCACAUCAUCGGUCUGUUGGUGGUAGUCGGCGUACUCUCUGUUGGCAUUGUGCUCCCGGUCAACUUCUCAGGAGACCUGCUGGAAAACAAUGCGUACAGCUUCGGGAGGACAACCAUAGCCAACCUGGACUCCAGGAACAAUCUCCUUUGGCUUCACACCACCUUCGCCUUCUUCUACCUCUUGCUCACGGUGUACAGUAUGCGACGUCACACGUCCAAAAUGCGCUACAAGGAGGAUGAGCUGGUGAAGAGAACUCUGUUUAUUAAUGGAAUUUCCAAAUAUGCAGAGGCAGGAAAAAUUAAGAAGCAUUUUGAGGAGGCCUAUGACCACUGCACAGUGCUGGAAGCUCGGCCAUGCUAUAACGUGGCCAGGCUCAUGUCUCUGGAUACAGAAAGGAAAAAAGCUGAGCGCGGCCGCCUCUACUUCACCCACUUGAAGAGUAAAGACAACCUCACGUCCUUCAUCAACCCGAAGCCAUGCGGUCACUUAUGCUGCUGCGUGAUCAAAGGGUGUGAGCGGGUGGAGGCCAUUGAGUAUUACACACGGCUAGAGCACCGUCUAAAAGAAGAUUACAAGAAAGAAAAGGAAAAGGUCAAUGAGAAACAACUUUCAAUGGCCUUCGUCACCUUCCAGAACGAGGCCACCACCGCCAUGAUUUUGAAAGAUUUCAAUGCAUGUAAAUGUCAUGGCUGCAGUUGUCGAGGGGAGCCCAAAAAUUCAUCCUGCAGUGAAACUCUUCACAUCCCCAACUGGACUGUCAGCUACGCUCCGGAUCCUCAGAAUAUCUACUGGGAGAACCUGCAUACACGUGGCAUUGUCUGGUGGUUCCGCUGCCUGAUCAUCAACAUCAUUCUCUUCCUCCUCCUCUUCUUCCUCACAACGCCGGCUAUUAUCAUCACCACCAUGGACAAGUUCAACGUUACCAAACCUGUGGAGUACCUGAAUAAUCCAAUCAUCACCCAGUUCUUCCCCACUCUGUUACUAUGGGCCUUCUCUGCUCUGCUGCCAACCAUCGUCUAUUAUUCGGCGUUCUUCGAGGCACACUGGACCAGGUCGGGGGAGAAUCGCACCACCAUGCACAAGUGCUACACAUUCCUGAUCUUCAUGGUUCUGCUGCUGCCUUCUCUGGGACUAAGCAGCCUGGACCUGUUCUUCAGAUGGCUCUUCGACAAGAAGUUUCUGGAACAGGCCUCGGUCAGAUUUGAGUGUGUGUUCCUUCCCGACAAUGGCGCUUUCUUCGUCAACUAUGUUAUCGCCUCCGCCUUUAUCGGUAAUGCCAUGGAUCUGCUACGUAUCCCCGGUCUGCUGAUGUACAUGAUUCGGCUCUGUCUGGCUCGAUCUGCGGCAGAGCGCAAAAGCGUUAAGCGGCAUCAGGCCUAUGAGUUCCAGUUUGGUGCGGCGUAUGCGUGGAUGAUGUGCAUUUUUACAGUGGUGAUGACCUACAGCAUAACUUGUCCCAUUAUCGUCCCGUUUGGUCUGAUGUAUAUGCUCCUCAAACAUCUGGUGGAUCGCUACAACCUCUACUAUGCCUACCUACCUGCCAAACUGGACAAGAAGAUCCAUUCGGCGGCGGUGAGCCAGGUGGUGGCGGCUCCAAUCCUCUGCCUCUUCUGGCUUCUCUUUUUCUCGACUGUGAGGACCGGUUUCCUGGCUCCCACCUCCAUGUUCACCUUUGUGGUCCUGGUAAUCACCAUCGUUAUCUGCCUGUCUCACGUCUGCUUCGGCCACUUCAAGUACCUGAGUGCCCACAACUACCGGAUUGAUCACACAGAGGUGAACGCCGUGGACGGAACGCAAAACGGACGCCCAUCAUCCACCACAGCUUCUCAGAAGUCGGCGAAGUACAUCGCUCAGGUCCUGCAAGACUCUUCAGCAGACAGCGAACCAGCAGGGGACAGCGAGGAGCCCGGCUCUCAGGACGAGGAUAUGAUCAAUGCAGACAACACACAGGAUGCCGAGUUCCAGUCUUGUGAGGACAGUCUCAUCGAGAACGAGAUACACCAGUGACAUCAAGCGGAGGAGAGAGGGGCGUAACACUGCACAUACUAUAAACACUCCAUCUCCUCUGCCCUGUACGCGGGGACCUGGCCCCUCCAUCUUCUAAGGGGCCCCCUCUCAGCCUUUGCGCUAGGAAGCUGUCCCCAUGUAGACUGACGUCUCGGGCUGUCUGCUCGCCUGCUGCUCUCUGUACAGUAUACGGACGAAUAUUUGGUGUUUGCACAGACGCUGCCUGCUGUCUAUGUUAUGUGUUAGAGGAAUUCAUUGCACUCCU